CAGAGCCCAAUCAGCGCAGGUGGGCCACUCGGGAAAAUGUCUCCGGUCCACCAACAAGGCCCAGUGCCAUCCAUCCAUCAACAGCAGCCACAGCAGGCAUAUGCCCAGCACCGCCCCUAUAGCUACCCAAUGCCAGGACCUGGACCAGUGCUCUCCAACGUCCACAACCCGUCAAUCGUCGGAGGCAUGCCUCAUGGCAUGGUCCCACACUUCAACAGCGGACAUGCAGCACAGAUGCACCACAUUUACGGCCAACAUGCUCCCAAUCCACAAAACGACAGACCGUUCAGAUGCGACCAGUGCCCACAGAGCUUCAAUAGAAAUCACGAUCUUAAGCGACAUAAGCGCAUUCAUUUGGCUGUCAAGCCUUUCCCCUGCGGCCAUUGCGACAAGAGUUUCUCGCGUAAGGACGCGCUCAAGCGACACGUCCUAGUCAAAGGUUGUGGCAAGGCAGGUGGCGCCUCUGCGGAAGUCAAGGAGCUUGACGGAUCGCAGUCACCUGAAACCAAAAGCGAGAGCGUAGGA